AUGCGUUUGAUUAAUAUUAGGACCCUCAGUCUGGAGGAAUUCAUUACAACCCCACCUCCAUAUGUCGCACUCUCCCAUACUUGGGAGAAUGAGGAGCUUACCCUACAAGAAUUUAUCAGGCCGAAUUCCAAGCUGAGAGCAGGGCGAAAGAAGGUGUUAGACUUCUGCAGGACCAUCAAAACGCAACAAUCAGUGCCAUCUGUAGACUACGCCUGGGUUGAUACUUGCUGUAUUGACAAAACUAGCAGUUCUGAGCUGUCAGAAGCGCUCAACUCUAUGUUUAGCUGGUAUUGGGAGUCUGACUGUUGCUACGCUUUUUUAAGCGAUGUGACUUAUGAUCCCACUAGUAAAUGUGUCGAUAAGGGUUUCGAAGAGUCCCGGUGGUUCACGCGAGGGUUCACCCUGCAGGAGUUGCUUGCACCAAAGGAGCUUAAAUUUUUCGAUAAACACUGGCGAUAUAUCGGUUGCAAGGCAUCUCUGGUAGAUCGUAUCUCUACAGCGACUAAUAUUCCACAGGACGUACUUUUAGAACGGAACCUACAUUCAACCAGCUUAGCACAAAAGAUGUCGUGGGCAUCUAAGAGGAAAACCACGCGACCUGAAGAUACAGCGUACUGCCUGCUAGGGAUCUUCAAUGUUAAUAUGCCACUACUCUACGGCGAGGGAAGUAAGGCGUUUAUACGACUUCAAGAAGAGAUUUUAAAACAGUCCGACGAUCAAACUAUCUUUGCCUGGGAUGCUUCGAAAUUAGUAUCGUCUCGAUUCAACGACGUCGGGGCUUUAGCUCAAUCGCCAGAAUUCUUUGAACAGAGUGCAAACAUUUCAGCCCUGCCUUUGCCUAUUGGUGGAAAGCUCUCGAUUUCCAACAAAGGCGUCGAUAUAGAGCUUCCAUUAAAGCGCGGAGAGUCGGAGUGGGAAUGCAUUGCUAUCUUGUCCUGUCUCUUUGAUGGAGACUUAGGUUCUAGAGUAGGCAUUCCGCUGCGACGUAAUUCGACCGACAACCUUCUUUACACUCGUUAUCCGUCUCUCGCAUUAGAGCGAGUCUUUGUAUCCUCUCCAAUUGCGCUGGCAGAGUCUAUGGAACAGAUUACGCUAAUCAAAGGGAUUGAAUUUAAAUAUCUCUUUGUCAGCUAUUUCCGAUGUCUGAUCCUCUAUGCACCAGAGCAGUCACCUCAUUGGGAGUGGCGAGAAUAUUAUCCAGACGACGUGAACUGGACUCACUGCAAGGAGACUAGUUCAGUCACUUUACAAUUACCUCAGACUUCUCCCUCGUGGAAUCUGAAUUCAUUCUCUGUCACCCAUAUAUUUGAAUAUCGAGUACCGCCUCUGCUUGGAAUGCGCUUUGGCGUUAAGCUGUUGCUGAAGACUGCGCACUCCCACGAAAGCAGGGUAAAAUUGAUUAAUCUAGCGACCGGUGCUGAGCUAAGUGAGAGUCAUAUUGAGAGACCUCUCUCCAAUACGUACACCGGUAAAACUGGAGGCACGAGUCUCGAUUGCGGGCCAAUUACUCUCAAGGCAAGCAUGGAAUGUUUCUAUGCUCAUGGUGGACCAAUGCUUGUUGUGAAGGUGUGGGAAACUCGUAACUUUUUAGGGUUAAUUUCUAGGGUUCGAAAUUGA